GUCGGUUAACUCGGCAGGAUGAUUUCGCUUUUAAUCAACACAGAUAGCUGUGUGGAGCUAAAUGCAAGCUAGACGAGAAGUCCUGCAAACAACGCAGACAAUUCUAAUGCACAAUAAACCCCAGACUGGCACAAGGUCUCUCAGCAUGGAAUCAAGGAAGAGGUACAAUGGAGGCCCUGAUCACUACGUUUAUGGCAAUGAUGGCUAUGCCUAUGAUGACGUAGAGUUUGUUGGGAUGACAUCGUACAACACGGACAAAAGUGAGAGUAUCCCUACCCACGGCCGGGAAUCGAUGGAAACUGACGUGAUAGAUGAGGAUGACGCGAACUGUUGCCAAAGUAAAGUUGCUGUUAUCCAAGAGGAUUUGUCUGAAUUCUACACCAAGCACAAAACCCCAAUACGAGCAGUCCUCAUUGUUGUUUUCGUGGGACUUUACUUCUUGUAUUUUGGAUAUGCCAUGUAUUACCGUUUUGGGGACGAGGGUUCGCUUCGGCUGUUGGUUGUAACCGCCCUUGUUGUCUUGUACUUUUUGGCGGCAACAAUUUGGAGCUUCAUCAAGAGGCCCAUCACAGAGAAGUGCUCAUGCCCUACCCUCUCAUUGACUGCUCGGCCAGUCAAGGUUCUGAAAUGGCUGCUUCACAUAGGGAUGUUCAUAUUCAUCGUUGUGUACAUCAUCGUGGAGGUGGGGCUCAACAGCCCCGAAAACUUGGUGGCUUUGGGCGGAAUCGCCUUCUAUAUUCUCGCCUUUUACAUCUUCUCAGCAUACCCUUCUAAGGUGAAGUGGAGACCUGUGUUUUGGGGAUUCGUGCUACAAUUUGUCUUCGCACUGCUCAUCCUGAGAACAGAGUGGGGAUUUCAGGCCUUCAAGUGGCUCGGAGAUCGUGUCACAGAGUUUCUCAACCAUUCCAAUGACGGAGCCAUAUUCGUCUUCGGGGAUAAAUACCUGGAUCAUUUUUUCGCCAUGAAGGUACUACCCGUUAUUGUUUUCUUCAGUACAUUCAUCUCUAUCCUCUACUACCUCGGAGUGAUGCAGUUUGCCAUUCGGUACAUCGCCAGGUUUAUCGCCUUCUGUUUGGGCACCACACCGGCCGAGUCUCUCAACGCCGCCGGCAACAUAUUUAUAGGAAUGACAGAAGCUCCACUAUUGAUCCGGCCAUUCCUGGAGAACAUGACCCGAUCCGAGCUCCACGCGAUCAUGACAGGAGGGUUUGCCACCAUUGCUGGAAGUGUCUUGGGGGCGUACAUAUCAUUUGGGGUCCCAGCCAAUCACCUGCUCUCGGCGUCAUUUAUGUCCGCCCCCGCCGCUCUGGCCAUCUCUAAGCUGGCUUAUCCGGAAACAGAGAUAUCCCACGGAUCCGCAGAGGACUUCGAGAAAAUGGAAAAAGGGAAAGAGAGGAACAUCAUCGAAGCAGCGUCGUCCGGCGCCUCCAUGUCAAUCAGCCUGGUGGCCAAUGUCGCCGUCAACGUCCUGGCGUUCAUAUCGCUUCUGGCGUUCGUCAACGCGACGCUGGAUUGGUUCGGCGACCGCGUGGGAGUGGAGGAUCUCUCAUUUCAGUUUAUUUGCUCUUACGUGUUAUGGCCUCUGGCAUAUUUGAUGGGCGUUGGUUUCAACGACUGCCGCCAGGUGGCGCAACUCAUCGGCAUCAAAACCUUCAUCAACGAGUUCGUCGCAUACACAGCUCUGUCCAAGUUCAUCGAUAACAGGUCUGCAUUCGACAACUACACGUUGCAUUACAACGGGGCGAACGUGACGUAUCAAGGAGAUGACAUCAUUCUGACUGAAACCAAUCAAACUCUGACCGGUGGAUACAUUUCUAUGAGAUCAGAAGUGAUCGCCACGUAUGCACUGUGUGGAUUUUCAAACAUCGGGUCAAUUGGGGUCACACUCGGGGGUCUAGGAGCCAUCGCUCCAUCACGACGAAAGGAUCUCUCUUCGCUUGUCGUUCGCGCCAUGAUAGCCGGGAACGUUGCCUGCUUCCUCACAGCUUGUAUAGCCGGACUCCUCUAUCGAUUUGAUGGCUGAGGAAAUCGGAAAAGCGUUCAUGGUAAAUUAGGAAAAAUUGCUGUAUGAGGCUUUCAGGCACCACAUUGGAGGAUUGGCCCCAGGACGGUCCUUACACAUGCGCCGCGGAAGUGUAUAUCAGAGAGAGGGCAACUCAAGGAUUUCGUCCAUGUUUUAUAAAUUUAAAAAAAAAAAAGUGGCGGAGGGUGGGGGCUUGUCGUAAGCUGUAAUGAGGUCAAAAUCAAUAUUUAAAAUAGUACGCCUAUGUAUACAAGAGAGUUGUUAGUAGAAGACCAUGCCUUGGUGAUGUCUCUGUUUUUUUGGCUAGUUAUAUAACAACGAUUUUCAAUCUUCUGGAUGAUAGCUGUUUCGAGUCUUAGACCCAAACCACUUUCGUUUACCUGGAGCAGUAUAAAUGUGAGACCCAAGGGAGAUAACCCAAGGACACAUUUGCACCUCCCACAUUUAUGCAAGAUGUGCGAUUCGAUAGCCCUUUCCUGAAUAAACCAGGAUUCUGCUGGUGGACUAAGCAUCCCCGUGGACUGGUACCUUUUUAUUGUUUUAGUAUGAUUGUAUGUUAAAUGUGAUGACAACACAGCAUGUUGAGUCAUUCUAUUUAAGAAAUGGAGCUAGGGGGCGUGUAAGUUACUAUUUACGCUUUUACAUGAAGUUGGAAUAAAAUCCUGAUUGAGGUAAAUUGACAAAGAGGCCGUCUUUCACUGAACACGUGUUACCAUUUGUUAACUAUCAUACUGUCGUCGUUGCUCUGGUUUUACUCUCUAUGCUAUAAGUCUUUAUAUUUAUAUCGUUUCUGAUAUUCCUUUGUUUGGGCUAGUAGAUUAUGGCCGUAUUUUAUGCUCCAAUGUUUUAGAUUCAGAUAUGGUUAUUUUUGUCGUUUCUAAUUCCCUUUAAAUCACAAAAAUGUGACGUAACGUAUACAAUAAGUUUAUGUUAGGUGUUGAUGGUGUCAUAAUUGUUGACUUUGUAAAAAAAAAGCCUAACAAAGACCGAUUAAACA